AUGACACAGUCUUAUAAAGAAAUGAAUUCUGAUAUAAGGGAUGUUUUAAAUUUACCGGAAACUCCUAUUUCCAAGCCAGUAGCUCGCACAAAACUAAAAACAUUUACAGAAAAAAAACCAGAUUCCAUAACACGAGAACUAUACUCACUUUUGGGCGAAAACACGCCUCCUAUUGCAAUACUUCAAAACAAAUUCAAAACUCGUCCAAAAUUGCGUCAAAAAGCAGUUGCAUGGGUAUGGUCUUCAUUUGUCAAUGGUGCAAGAAAAGACGGGCAUCUGUUUAGCCAUUGGAUGAGGGCAGAAGAUAGCGUAAAUGAAGAAUACCGAUUUGAAAAGUUGAAUAAAAAAGUCAAUAUUAUAACGUAUUCUAAUGAAGAAUAUGCUCUAAACCUUACAGCACUAGAUUGGUCUCGAGAAGAAACAGAUUAUUUAUUUUCUCUUUGCAGGGAAUAUGAUUUGCGUUUUGUUGUGAUUGCAGAUAGAUAUGACUACAAGGGGACUCAAAGAACAAUGGAGGAUAUAAAAGAUAGAUAUUACACUGUUGUUCGUAAAAUUCUUAUGGCAAGAACACCUAUUGCAAUGAUGACACCUACACAAACAGAAGAAUUAAACCAGCUAUAUUAUAAUAAAGAAAGGGAAAUUGCUCGAAAAAAGCAUCUUGCAAGUCUUGCUAUGAGGACACCUGCUGAAAUUGCAGAAGAAGAAGCAUUAUUUAUAGAGUCACAGAGAAUAGAAGCAUAUGGAAAGAAAAUGGCUCAAGAAAGAAAAGAAUUACUUCGUCUUUUAGAAGCACCGAUACCCACAGGAAGCAUUGCUAAAUAUACAUCUAGUCAAGGCCUAGGAAUCCUUGCAAAUAAUAUACUUAAUGCAGAUAAAAACCGUAAAAGAAAAAUGCAUGAAAAAAAUUCUUCUCAGGCAUUUUCUGGAUUAACAAACUCACAUAAAGAUACUAUUUUUAAAAAAAUUAAAAAACUUUCGUCUCGUGAAGAAAUUAUUUACGGUGUUUCUUGGCAUGAUAAACUGCAUGCAGGUAUAUAUUUACGCUCCACGCGACUAAGUAUGGCUAAACCAACCGUCGCGACAAAAAUUGCAACUAUAUUAACAGAGUUGGGUCUGGCUACUCGACUAACUAUGCCAACUGCAAAAACAUGUGCUAAAUUUGAGCAGCUUCAGCGCUCUAUAGAAAUUCUUUUGGACGCAAAAAAACAUCUAGAUCGUCUUGAACAGGAACAUCGAGUUGCCGAAGCACGAAUUCAAGAAAUUCCCAUAAACGAUUCAGAAACAAAGACUCAAGAACCACUAAACGAUAGUCCUAAGUUUCAAAAACGACUUAGAAAGUGA